AUGGGCUCCAAACGAGGACCUUGGUCGCAGCAUGAAGAUCGAUCGCUCCUGGAGCUGGUCCAAUCUCAAGGUGCCCAUAAUUGGGUCAGGAUAUCUCAAUUCAUCCGCACCAGGUCUCCCAAGCAGUGCAGAGAGCGAUAUCAUCAGAAUCUCAAACCUAGCCUAUGUCAUGACCCAAUAUCGGCAGAGGAAGGGGAGAUCAUAGAACGCCUGGUAUCAGAGAUGGGCAAGCGCUGGGCAGAGAUCGCACGUCGUCUUCCAGGCCGUAGUGACAACGCCGUCAAGAAUUGGUGGAAUGGUGGCAUGAACCGUCGACGUCGCAUCGUUGUACGGCGGAGGGAAAGCAUUCGUGGCGCCCCCCUUGAUUUUGAUGAAAACGUUGAGCCUCUAUCGUUUGCUCGGCCAGCUCCUAUACCACCACAUCCAGCAGAUCGACACAUCAUAGUGCCAACGUCUAGAAGGAGGAUCGAGCCGCCUUUGAUCUCACCUGUCCAUUCUGAGGUGUCCAUGCCUGAUUCCCUUGGUGAGGCUCCGUCUUUGGUGUCUGACUCGAGCUCCCAUUUCUCAAUGUCCUCGCCAAAUGCUGUCGCCCAUCCCCACCGUUAUCUUCCUCCACCUGAGACACCUCAGUCCGAUUACUGGCGAUCGACCUUGCACAAUGCAGCUGGUACAAAUCUCUAUGGUAAUCGAAUCUCAACAGCUUCUGACCGCUCACCGACAGUAUGGAGCCACAACGAGGUUCCCAAAUCACCAGCCAAUCCGCCCCCACCGUACCAAAGACUCCAACAAUUUGCUGAUGUCGCAGCAAGGACGGGCCCCGUGGUUGGCUCUGUUGCUCAGCCUAUGCAGCGGCCUCCGUACCCUCUUCCGUCUUUCAGGAAACUGGUUGACAACGCCGACAGUCCAAAAUACCCCACGCAUGAGGCCUCGAUACUGACGACGUCUGCUGUCCCUCUGCUCCAUCCACAAGCAAACCGCCAGCCGGCAGGCGCCACGCAACACUCGGUCUCCCCACAUCCUGAACACUUAAAUGCUCCAUACCCUCACCAAUCAUAUUCUCCGUCCACGAGGUCGACGAUACUGGGAGCCGCCUAUGAAUCAGUCCCUCUUUCUGCCAGCCCUUCACUACAUUUUCGUGUUGAGUCGACAAAUGGAUUAAAUCAUAGAAUAACGUCCGCAGGUGACGCUGGGCUCUCUCCACCAUCACCACAGAAGAAGAAAAUGACACUGUCUUCUAUUCUUCAUUAG